GCGCUCGUUGGCUGCGAGGUUGUACCUCGCCUGCGAUCACCUGCCCUAUCACGCGCUCAUACUGUGUUUAUCUGGUGUGCCCAUCCGCACUCGGGUAGUGCGAUACACAAUAGCGUCCGAUCGAUCCUCAAGCGCCACGCGUAUUCUAGUCAAUCGACCGACCGGUGAUAGAUUUUCAGGAUGUCAACGUCGCUGUACAACGUCACCGCCGCACCGACGUGCCCGAACCCGUACCUCGGGCCUAGUCUCGCCAACUCCUGCCCCGGCCCGCAGUUUCUGACUUUCAUGACCCUCCUGGACACGUUCAUCCGCAGCAAAGAUCAGAUCUCCCAACUGUGCGAACGGGUCAGGCCUGUCCAUCCGCCAGAACCUGUCUACGACUUUAUCGUAAUCGGCGGAGGAACAGCCGGUUCAACGGUCGCUUCUAGACUCAGCGACGCGCCGCAAUGGAAGGUCCUGGUGCUGGAAGCUGGGCCCGAUGCACCGCCGGGGACCGCGGCUCCCAGCAUGGUGGCAAUGUUUCUAGGCACCGAGAUCGACUGGCAGUAUCGAACGGUGGGCGAGCAGAACGCGUGCCUGGCGAUGGGGGGUUCCUGCAGCUGGCCAAGAGGAAAAAACCUUGGGGGCACCUCGGCGCACAACGGCAUGAUGUACACUCGAGGACACGCGAGAGAUUACAACAACUGGGCAGCGAUGGGCAACGCGGGAUGGAGCUGGGAAGAGGUUUUGCCAUACUUCACGUGCUCGGAGAACAACACGGAGAUCAAUCGAGUGGGCCGUAAAUACCACAGGACCGACGGCCUGCUGAACGUCGGCAGAUUCCCUUGGAAACCGGCCAUCUCGGACGACAUCCUCGCAGCUGCUGCCGAGAGAGGCUAUCCGAUGUCCGAGGACCUGAACGGCGACCAGUUCACCGGGUUCACGAUCGCCCAAACGAUGAACAAGGACGGCGUCAGGCAGAGCGCCUCGACGGCAUUCCUCCAGCCGAUCCGUCACAGACGGAACCUUCAGGUCGCGCUGAACGCCACCGUCACCAAGAUCAUUGUCGAGAACUCGAAAGCCGUCGGCGUCCAAUACAUCCAAGGCGGUCAACUUAGGGUCGCUAGAGCUAAUCGAGAGGUAAUCGUCUCUGGCGGUGCUGUCAAUUCGCCGCAGCUGUUGUUGCUCUCCGGGAUCGGGCCAAAGGAACACUUGCGAGCCGUGAACGUCAGCGUCGUCAAAGAUCUUCCGGGUGUCGGCGAGAAUCUCCAAAACCACGUAUCCUUCACGGUGUCCUACACCAUCGACGAGCCGAACGAGUUCGACCUGACCUGGGCCGCGGCUUUGGAGUACGUGGCCUUCCAAAAGGGACCCAUGUCUUCGACGGGCCUGUCCCAACUGACGGGAAUCCUUCCGUCCUCGUACACCUCGCCCGACCACCCGGACCUGCAGUUCUUCUUCGGCGGGUACCAAGCCGCGUGCAGCAUCACGGGCGAGCUGGGAGCAGUGAUGGACAACGGGCCGCGCGGCAUCAGUAUCUCGCCGACGAACCUGCAGCCUCGGAGCAGAGGGACACUUCGGUUGGCCAGCAACGAUCCCCUCGCUAAGCCCAUAAUCCAUGGAAACUAUUUGAGCGAUCCGUUGGACGUGGCUAUUCUCGUCGAGGGAAUUCAGAUAGCCCUGUCGUUCGGCAACACCACUGCCAUGAGGAAAUACAAUAUGACGCUUGCCAACACGCCGUUGCCUGCCUGCUCCCAGUAUCGGUUCCUCAGUAACGAAUACUGGAGCUGCGCCGUGCGACAGGACACCGGCCCCGAGAAUCACCAAGCGGGAUCAUGCAAAAUGGGUCCCGCCAGCGAUCGCAUGGCCGUCGUCGAUCCCAAACUUAGGGUGCACGGUAUCAGGGGUCUCAGAGUCGCCGACACGUCCAUCAUGCCGCAGGUAAUAUCGGGCAACACGGCCGCCCCGGCGAUAAUGAUCGGCGAAAGAGCAGCCGCGUUCAUCAAAGCGGACUGGGGCGUUGGCGAAACGCAAUGGUACGGGCAGCAUUACCACGUCCAUACCCGUAUGGGCACGUAUAGCCCUCCAUGGAAAAACUCAGCCCCAUGGAAUACGCAAUAAUUAAAGUCACUAGCAAUUUGCCAUGUUCCGUAGUUCCCGUUCUACGAUCGACAACUCGCUGGAUCUGUUGCUUUGGGGGAUCAAAUACGUCGACUGGGACCAGGGUGCCUGGUAAUCAAGAUCCCCGGUGAAUCUAGUCCAAGAUAUUCCGGCGAGUUUCGCUCGAAUUGGCCGCGUGUUUACCGGUGCCAAGAUGGCGGCGUAAAGUCACCAAAGAGGCGAGCUCGAUGGAACACACGUGGCUCGCCGGCCUUUCUCUUCGCCGCCGCGAUCCAUGAUCCACAACUAUUUCCACACGAUCGGGGACAAAUCGACGCGCGUGGAACGGAACUGCAGGGAACAUUCGCAUCAGCCGUUGGACGUUGUUAUCCAACCUACUUCUAUCGUUGCCUUAUUUUUUUUUUCUUGCAACACGCGUUGCUGCGAGCCAAAUGCGUGGCCGAUUGUCCGGCUAUCUACAGAGGUCCAUAGAUCUCGAUCGAAAGCGUGUCUGCGAAAUCCAGCAAUUUCAUUUACCGUUCCUACACCGAUUUCUGCUUCUAUCGCGAAUUCGCAACGAGCAGACUGCGACUUUUUUUCCAAUUUUCCGAGACGAUUGUAAUAAACGGGGAUUCGGUCAAAAUAAAUUGUUUCCUUUGGUAAUACCCGUUAAGUUCAAAAUGCUGUAACAACAUGAUCAAAUCCUUCUGGCGCGCGCGUCUUCAUAAUCUUAUAUUUCAGCUGCUCGUUUAUGCGAUGAACGCAUUAAAUCCGCGGUCCAGUAACGAGGAAUUGUAAGCGACCGGGAACCGAGUGAUUUUCGCGUCGUUCGGAUCACUCGUAUUUCUUUCGAUCGAGCAUAGGAUCCAGAGUCGUCGGAAGAGGGAAUUAUAAAAUAAAUUUGCGAACGCGUUGUAUAUUAUGUCGCGGUGUGCAAAGAAUAACGUAGCCGAUGAUUUAGAGGUUUAUAGCGUGAGCGUUGUGUAAACCAGUUAUUGUUGGUUUUGCUCUAGCUAGGGAUGCUCGGUAAUCUGCACACGUCGGCUUUUAUGUAGCUAAGAUUAUCAGAACGAGUCGAGGAUUCUGUCGUACUUGGUUGGCGAUAAUUGUCACGAUUCUUAUCAACGGUGUUUUACGCAAUCCAAACUUGUUUACCAUCCGCUGUAGCUAACAUUUGCAUUUCGGAAACGAAAGCAGAUUUUUCGUUACUUUUAUCUACUCCCGUGAACUGCAUCCCAAAUUGAACCGUGCUGCGCACGGAAACGUUGGCCGAUUUUUGUUAAUAAUAAUCAUCGUUGCGAAGAACGUCUACGCUGUUUCUGAAAUUUCUUCCCGCCGGCUACCGCUGAUCGAUGAAACGAAAAGUAUGUGCUCUGAAUCUGACCGAUACUACCGAAAAUUACAUAAUUUCUGUCAACAGUACAGAGCAAACACCUCUCUUCACCGCAGAUAUUAUUACAGAUGUAUGUACACUGGUGUACAAAAUGAUAAGGCAUCUCAAGAAUUUUUGGGUGUGAACAUCUACUUGUACAUAUAUACGUGACAAAUAAAUACACAACAAAGUAAGAUACUAGUUUCGGCACAAUAGAUGAAGAAAUUACGUAAAUCGUUCGAUCCAUUUUUAUUAUUUAUACAAAAAAGAAUGAAAUUUUGUGAGGAUAAAAUGAUAAGGAACAUCGAAUACGAAAUAACAAAAGCAUUAAAAUGAGAUAAAAUUA